GUCAUUCCUACAGUUAGUCGUAAGGUCAGAGGUCGUGAGUUUAUUAUCAUACCGUUGGCUGUUUGAACAAAGUUUGAAAAGCACCAGCAUCCGCCUUGCUCAAAAUGUCGCUUUCUGAAGGAUUUUGGAGGUUUGGGAUUGUACCAGAAGGCAAUGAGUAUGUAGACAGCUACAGACUUUAGUGUUUCAGUUGUAAAGUUUGUGUAUAGUCUAUUUUCUACUGUCAAAGCGUGCCGUUCUUUUGGGGAGCCGCGACCUGCUUGUGAGUUGGAGCCGACAACUACUUGUGUUGACACGGAGAUAAACUAUCACGCCAGCUCACUCAACGACGGUGUUUUGCUGUAGAAUUUCUCUCUUUAGUUCCUAUACAUCGACAGCGUAAUGGCUUCGAGGGGAGCUCGCGUUCGCACGCCGCGGCGGCAUCUCCCCGUGACUCCCGGUAAAAAAUCCCAGCGUGCCGACCUACUCCACAAGCAACAGUCGGCGCCCGACCUGUCCCUGCCCGCCGAGUUUCAAACUCCUCCGGGAAGGAAGCAACUUUUCGGAGGCCCCAGUACACCGGAGUGUUUCAGUACCGUGCUUCCACCAACACCCGGGGAGGAGGAAGACAACGAAACCGAGCGGUUACUCGCCGAUAUCGCCGAGGAAGGCGAGGAUAGCUGUUCGGUGACAGUUGCUGUGAGGGUCCGACCGUUCAGCCAGAGAGAGAUAAAAGAACAGGCAAAAUGUGUGGUGAGCAUGGAUGGACCAGCUACCUUGGUCACCCCAGAGAAUGGCAACGAACACCUGUUUGCUUACGACCAUUCAUUCUGGUCUUUCAAAGAAAGCGACAAGCACUUCGUCGGACAAGAAAAGGUGUACAGAAUGCUUGCCCAGCCCUUGUUAGAGAGAGCACUGCAAGGGUACAACACGUGUCUGUUCGCAUACGGACAGACAGGUUCGGGGAAGUCAUACACCAUGAUGGGAUUUGAUGGGAACAAAGGAAUCAUCCCAAGAUUUUGUGAAGACCUGUUUUCGAGACCAUCAGCACACAGCAACGUCGACGUAAAGGCUCACGUCGAGAUAAGCUUCUUUGAAAUCUACAACGAAAAAAUCCACGACCUCCUCGUGUCGUCACCGCAGAAAGAGAAGCGCAGAGCUCCGCUCAAAGUUCGAGAACACCCCCUCUGGGGUCCGUACGUACAGGGACUGUCACAGUUUGUGGUGAGUUCCUACCGGGACAUUGAGGGUUGGUUAGCCAUCGGGAACAAGCAGCGAGCAACAGCAGCGACGGGCAUGAACGACAAGAGUAGCCGGUCCCACUCUGUCUUCACCAUCAUUGUGACCCAGACCACGUGUGAAACGCUGGAGGGAGAGGUGCACGAGCACAGCAGGAACAGUAGAGUCAACCUGAUUGACCUGGCGGGCAGCGAGAGAUGCUCAGCUGCACAGACGUCCGGAGACAGGUUACGGGAAGGUGCGAACAUCAACAAGUCUCUCAUGACCUUGGGGAAGGUCAUCCAAGCUCUGGCUGACCAAUCAGUGAACAGGAAGAGAAGAGUGUUCAUUCCCUACCGUGACUCCGUCUUGACAUGGCUGUUGAAGGAAAGUCUAGGUGGGAACUCUCGCACGGCCAUGGUCGCCAACAUCAGCCCCUCCAGUACCAACAUGGAGGAGACCCUCAGCACAUUGCGCUACGCCAAGCAGGCUCGCAGCAUCGUCAACAUCGUCAAGGUCAACGAGGACCCCAAGGCCAGGCUCAUCAGAGAGCUGCGGGCGGAGAUCGAGAAGUUACGCAGAGCUCACACUGGGCAGGCUGUGGUUAAGGAGGAGACAUACCAGGCCAGUCUGGCAGAGAUAGCUGCCCUGAAACAGCUGUUAGCAGAGCAGGAGCAGAGAUUAGAGGAGGUGAACAGAUCCUGGCAGGACAGACUAGAGCAGGCAGAACAGCAGAAAGCGGAGGAGACCCACAUCCUGGAGCGUGUGGGCGUGGCCCUGAAGGUGGACAACAAGCUGCCCCACCUGGUGAACCUGAACGAGGACCCCCAGCUGGCCGAGGUGCUGCUGUACAUCCUGAAGGAGGGGCACACAAGGGUGGGGUCCAAGACUGGACAGCAGGACUGUGACAUACAGCUCUCAGGAGGCCUAGUGGGUCCCCAGCACUGUGUCAUCACCAACAGAGGAGACCAUGUGGUCAUCACGCCCAUGAAGGAUGCUCCCACCUAUGUGAACGGUGAACAGGUUACCACGGAAACAGUCCUUCACCAUGGUGACAGGCUCAUUGUCGGUGAUCAUUACUUCAGAUUCAACAACCCAACAGAAGCCAAGUCAGGCAAGAAGAAGUCGAGUGGCCAGCCUAUUGACUUUGAGUAUGCCAAGAGCGAGCUGAUGUCAGUGCAGAGGGCCAAGCUGGAGAAAGAGGUGGAGGCAGCAAGGACCCAGGUUAAAAAAGAGGCCAUGGCCCAGAUUCAGGAAGCCAGGCAGGUGGCUGAAGAGGAGAUGGAAGAGCAGAGGAGGGAGUACGAGCAAAAGAUGCAACAGCUGCAGAAAGAGCUGGAGAAAGAGAGUGUGGAGAAGAAAGAAAAAGAGCAGACAGCCAUGGAAGUGCAAGACAAAGUGCAGCAACUUCAAGAACAAAAGAAAGCUCUCGAGAUAGAAGUGCUGAGCAACAGGAGACGGCUCCAGCUGGAGGCCCUGGCCGUCAAACAGUCCAUGGAGGAGGCUCGUGUCCGCCAGGCGCGGAUCAUCGCUGAGCUGGAGACCGAGAAACAGCGCAUGGAGGGGAACGUGACCAGGCUGCAGGAGGCCAGCAGGAGGCGCCAGCAGUGUGGGCCAAUCAGUGUCAAGUCUGGAGAGAGAGACCAGUGGAGUCUGAUCCGGCUGUCCAUGCUGCUACAGGAGGCUAACAACAUCAGCCGUAGUCUGGGCAGGAGUGUCACCUUCAGCAGGCAGGAUGUCUUCAUUGGGGACAAGCCACAGGUCCAAGUUUGUGUGCUGAACCAUGCCAUGGGGAUGAUGACCCGCUGGAGUCCUGAGAAGUUUGAGGCCCGGCUGGUGCAGAUGAGAGAACUGUACCAGGGGGAAGGAGACAUCAGUGAGGACGACACCAUCUUCUGUGACCCUAGUGACAGCUGGCAGAGAGACUCUUCUGUCACUGGAAUGUCGGACUAUAACAGCAGCUCAGAAGAGCAACAGAGGCAGGAUGGCACCUACACAGUACGACCUGCAAAGAGAGGACACGCAGGGACAACCCAGGUGACUUCCACCUGCCUGGAAAUGAUCAACUCUGCCAGGAAGAAGCUCAAGACCAACUCCCAGGACAGUAUAGUAGACCAGAUCCUGUACUGUCUGCAAGGCAUGAAGACUGAAGCCACGGUCAUUUUCUCCUCCAAAAAUGCACAGAAAGCUACGAAAAACGGGGAGAGUGAUGCAGACUUUAGCCAGAACAUGAUGAGGAUGUCGAACGCGGUGGUGGUGCUGACGUCCCUGGUCCAGCUGUGGGCGUCGGUGAUCGAGCAAUCAGAGUUAGAGCAGACCAGCCAAGUGGUUCACCAGCUCACCAACACCACCCAGCGCCUGGCAACUAACGUGGGCAGGCUCCUGCAAGGCUUCGAGCAGAACCUGCUGGCACUGAUCUUCAGCGCAAAGGACAGCAUCAAGCAGAGUAUGGAGGGCCUGUCGAGGGUCGUCGGGGAGGCCAUGCUUGCGACGGACACCAGCAUGACAUGCAUCACAGACAUCUCUGUAGAGAUCCUCCUGAAGACUAUGGUGAUACAGGGGAUGAUGUCCUUUGUUGAGAAGUUUGUGGGCGGAUGUGUGAAGAAGUUGGAAACCUGCGAGGAUUCUGUGCUGUCCGCAAUGUCCUCGGCAAAGUUCACGCCAGGUCAAAUGAAGAACAGGGUUUCAGACAAGCUGCUGAACCAUGUACAGCAGGUCACAGCCACUGCCAAGGGACUUCUGCAGGCUUUUGGAACUCUGGAGGUUGAAUACAAAUGGUGUUACAGCAAUGACGGGGUGGCCAAAGUGUACACCUUCAUCCAGGACAUGACAGGUGCGACAGAGAGCAUCAUGGACUCAGCAGCACAACUGUGCCAGUCAACUGUACAUGCCACCAAAAACUCAAGAGAAGGUGUGUCUAAGAUGCGUCCCCACGCAGUGAAGCUCUUGGGGUCAUGCGGUCUGCUGAGGGAGGUGGCCAACAGCUGGCAGGAGCUGAACUCCGAUAGGAGAUCCAGCAGUAGGACUGACCACAUCAAUAAGAACAUCCGGGAAUUUGAUAAGGACCUGCGCACCUUGUUGGAGCUGGUUGACCAGGAGGCUCGGAUGAGCGGCAGCUCCCCAGCCAAGCGGCUGCUGCCCUCCUCCCCCCACCUGUCCAGCACCCUCACCACCCAGUCCUCCCCCUGUGGGGCCGGCUCUAAUACGGUCACAAGGAGACUGGCUCUAGCCUUUGGCAUAUAGAAUAUGCCAUAUUUCUUGCCUAUUUCCUAUUCUGUAUUACUGAUUGUGGUACAUCAUUCGCAUCACAAAUCCCCACUAAGAAAAAGCUAUUCAUAAUAGUGAUUGUGUAACAAAUACCCAAUCUUGUGAACUUUAUGCAAUGUGUUUACAACCUUGUUGUCCUGAAUUUUCCUUCAGUUUUCCAGCUGGUAUAUAGUAUAUAAUGUUGAUUGCUGAUGGGACUUCCAGGAAAAUAAGGAGAGCUUUAAGAAGAGGAGCAGCAUUUUGAAUGCUGAGCUGUCAGUAGAUGUCCGUCAUUUUGUGUCACCAGUUUCUGUGUGUAGAUGUCUCUGUACUAUAGUGUUGCCUGUUCAAGCCCGAUCUACAUGUUAUUGCAAAAGAAAUGUAUGAAUUCUAUAGCUGAAGCAGACUGUAUAUUAGCCAUCUGAUGUAUGAUUCUCCUUGAGCAGACAGAAAAAGUUUGUAUAUGUAGGUUUAUAGAGGAAAAAAAUAUGACUUUACAGAGUGAUAGCAUAGGCAGAUGCUAUACAGAUACUACAAUGUUGCUGUAAUUAGGGCAAAUGAAGGUGUGUGUCUAGGUCUAUAUUACCUGCAGAUAACCCAUGUCAUUGUAGCAAAAUGCAUUAAGGGAUUCUGGGCUAAACGUGUAUUGUUUCAGAGUUAUAUGGAAUGCCGGGGCAGGAGCAUAGUCCUUGUUGCAACCAAAACUUUGUAUAAUCUGUAUUUUGUGUAUUCCUUGUGUUGUAGUGUUUUAUUAUUUGCAGGAUUAGAAAAUAAAUGAAUUUAAGAUCAAAUUAAAGCAAGUGAACUAUAUGUUAUGAGACAGAGCAGACAUAUAUAAGACUUAGUGAUGUUAGUUUCUGUAGUCUUCCAAAGACAUAGAACAUCGAAGAGAAUUUUAGGCGUUUCAGUAACAAAGCACAGUUGUACCAGGUAUACUACUGAUAACCAUUGCUACUACACCAGCUGUUCAUGUAUAACAGGGAGCAGUCUCUAGGUGUUGCUGAAUUACAUGUACAAUUUGUGUGAGAAAGUUAUCAGCUAUGCAAAUAGACAUAGAAGAAAAGAUUACUUUCCACAGA